AUGGCGGAGGACCUUUAUUUCCCAAUACCAGAUGUGCCAAAAGAUUGCACGUCAAAUCCCAAACACGUUUGGGAGAGGGAUCGGGGAGCAGCGCUUGGUGAGACACCCCUCCCUUCUGCACCCAGGUCCAUCUUCGAGUACAUUUCCAAGAAAGAAAAAGAACGCAUUAAGAACUUCGCUGCAAGCCGCUUUGGCCCCCUGUCCACGUCGGGUGAUUCCUCGCCAGGUCCCUCAAUCCCCACGCCUCCCAGGAUCACACACGCCGAGCUCCACGUCGCCCAAGCUGCUCUCCACGGGUUUCGGCCCUUUAUGACUGAUCCCUCUAAGCAGACAAGGCGCAAUUCCACCCACACAGAAGCCUGGGCAGACACCCGAGGAGUUCGCAAAAGAGACAAGCAAGUAAACAGAAUCAGCUGCGUUAUUCCGUCCCGUCUCUGGAGCCAUGGCUGGGCGGUUUACAAGUGCCAUUGUUCUGGAACGAGGGCCUGCACACGCCUACUGCACAACCAAAGAGGGGGCGGACAGUAUCGAUGUGACGGAGGAGAAGCCGAGGGUGGAGAAGUCAAGGAAGAAGCCCCAAAGGUGCAUGCUGCUCGACUUGGCAUGCAUGGUGCUGUGACGCGCGAGGUGCAAGAAGUGGAGAGUGGGGGCUCCGGGAGUAGCAAGCGCGAUGUUGCGAAUAUUGGCAUGGGGGAAGAUGAUGGACAAGGGGAUGACGUGCUCACGUAUGAACCAAUUUUUGCGAGUGAUGAUGAGGAGAGCGACGAGGAAAAGCAUUGCAUGGACCAUGUCGAUGAGGUGAACAAGCCCCUGCCGUCAACACUAGGCUUGGAUGUCAAGCCACCAGCAGCAAAUGGUGCCAUGGAAGAUGUUGACCUGGCUACGUUCAAGUCUACCUUCAUGCCCAGGGAAUCCAAACCGAAAGACGCGGACAAGGAAAAGAAAAAUAAGAAACAGAAUAGUUGCAAAGGUGGCACACUUGUUUCUUUGACAGAUCGGGACAGCGAGAGGCCGAGGAAGAAGAAACGGAAGGAUCGAGAGGGGGAUGGCGAUCAGGAUAUGUGGGUUGAAAAGCCUCCGCCGGACAUCGUGAAAGCCCUGCCUAUUACAGAUCUGUCCCCUGACGAGGGCGGUCGGGUCAGUGGACAGGAAAGCGGACCUCCUCGUGCUCGUAAGAGGGCAAUUGAUUUCAUAUAG